AUGGGAAGCCCAGCAGGUCCAUACAAACUGGUCACAGUGAACACGGCACCAGAGAGAGCUCAGCGACUGAUCGGUCAGCUAGUCGAAGCGCUGAAAGAUGAGUACACCAUCAUCCAUGCGGCGAAUUGCGAGACGAUCGAGAGCGUAAAGUCCACAGUCGAGCAGAACCAGCCCGAUGUCUUGUUCUGCGCAAGCAUGUGGACGGCCGAGCAAGCGGAAGAAAUCCAAGCGAUAGCCAAGACCACAAAACCGGGCCUUGUCACGUACGCUAUACCGCAUGGCUUGAAGGUCAAUUCUGGAGAGAAUGCUAUUGUGGAUCACCUCAAGUCGACGGUUCCGCAGCUACUAAAGACGCAUUUUCCGGCAUGA